GAUCACAUAAGAACAAAUUAUAAUAAUUAAAUUUUGUGAAUAUUCUGAUCAGCUAUGAUGAGCUCUUAUCUCAUCCUUUUUAUUUAUUAAAUAUUUAAUUAAUUCUAAUUUAAUCUUCGCUCACUUUAUUUACGGUUUACAUUGUUUCAUAAUAACUUGAAUCUUAGACAAAAGAUUUUGUGGGAAAAAUCGGUAACUUGUAUGUACCUGGAUUAGCAGCGUGUUUUUUUUUUUUAACGAGAAGGUUUAAGGGGCGUGGUCUAAGGGGUGUGUGGGCGAAGGGGCGUGGUCUGUUGUGUCUUCAGGCCGCAGCUGGACCGUGAUGUGAGGCAGAAGCUGUGCAUCACCGUAUCUUUGUGUGUAUUUGUCCUUGGUGACAUUUCGGACUAAACCCUGCCACACACACACACACACACACACACACACACACACACACAAAAAAGUGGUUCCAGUCGGGUUCUUUAGUGUGCAUGCAGCAGAAUGGAGCAGGCGAGACGCCGAACGGAGACGCAGGGCAGCUCUCCAUCAGCACCGCCAGCUCAGUUAGCUCGGCUGGUCUGCUGCCCGCGGCCGCGAGCUCUUUAUCAACAUCCUCAUCAUUAUCACGGCUGAGGAGGCUCACUCAGGAGGGCCGCGAAGUUCCUCCUCAGCCCACAGUCAUGGUCGUGUUCUCGGCUGCGAGGGACAGCGAGCCAGAGGGAGAUUCCGCCAUGUCCAAGUCUGAGGAGGAGAAACGCAAAGCAGCCAUUCCUGCUCCGAACAGAAAUUUACCCAAAUCCCUGCGCACUUUGAACGCACCCCAGGAGUUUCCCGAGGUAAUUCCUCUGAACGUAGGAGGGACAUACUUCACCACACGCCUGUCCACGCUGCAGCGGUACGAGGACACCAUGCUGGCCGCCAUGUUCAGCGGACGCCAUCACAUCCCCCGGGAUGCCGAGGGCAGAUAUUUCAUCGACAGAGACGGAGCUUAUUUUGGGGACAUCCUGAACUUCCUGCGUGAGGGUGAGCUGCCUCAGAGGGAGCGUGUUCGGGCCGUACACAGAGAGGCUCAGUAUUACUCCAUCGGGCCGCUGUUAGAGAGGCUGGAGGACAGACAGCCGCUGACUGGAGAGAAAGUGCGACAGGCGUUCCUCGACCUCCUGCCGUAUUAUAAAGAGAAUCUGGAGCGCAUUGUGGAGAUCGCGAAGCUGCGAGCAAUGCAGAGGAAGGCUCGCUUCGCCAAGCUGAAGAUCUGUGUGUAUAAGGAAGAGAUGCCCAUCACACCAUACGAGCGUCCGCUCUUCAACUCCCUGCGUUUCGAGCGCUCAGAGAGUGAGGCCAAGCUUUUUGAGCACCACUGCGAGGUGGACGUGUCGUUCGGGCCGUGGGAGGCCGUGGCCGACGUGUAUGACCUGCUGCACUGCAUUGUGAGCGACCUGGCCGAGCGCGGCAUCAGCGUCGACCAGCAGUGCAUUGGAGUGUGUGACAAACACCUCAUCAACCACUACUACUGCAAGAGGCCCAUCUACGAGUUCAAGAUCACCUGGUGGUGAAGGAACAGCUUCUGCUGCUGCUACUGCUGCUGCUCACAGGGGUUUGGAUGCUGGUCCAGAUCUCGGUUCUGUCAUGAAGCGGGUUGCGUCCAUAACACUAAACCUAAACUAUUUUCACAUUUAAGAUGACGUAGUGGUGCAGGACGCUUACUGAUCAGGUCUUCAGGCUUCUUUUAGGAGCCUUCAAUUGUUGAAGCAGGUCCAGGUUCCUCUGAGAGCUUGCAUGAAGGCAGAAAACCUGAUGCUAACGCUAACCAUGUUGCUAAUCCAUCUGAGCUUAAGAUCACUUAGUGAACUACUUAUAUAGAUUUUGGAGCGAGCCCUGUUGCUGUGGGGAACUUGUGAGAAGGUCGUCUAUGAGCUCAAAAUCAUUACAUUUAUAUUUAUAUACGAUGGCUUCAUGAUGAAGGUGAAUGAAGUUCUUUUAGGAGAACGUUCAGGAUCAGAAGUGUUAAAAAGUGGCUCAUCAACAACUUCCACUCCUGUACACACCUUUGGUGGUGAAGAACAGAUUGUGGUUAUUGGAACAGGCCCGUGUCUUUAAGGAUCUCACAGGAAGGUUAAGAGUUUCAGCUCACUGGUUGUUCAUGUUGUUGUUGUCAUCAAAACAGUUGUGGGUCUUGUAAGGUUCUUCUUCCUGAACAGUGUUGGUGAGGUUCUGUGUGAAGAGUUGGUGCUCGUUCUCAGAACGUCCUGUUUUUCUGGAUCUGCUGUCAUCGACGUGGAGCGACAUGUUCACCGGAUUCAUACUGCAUUCCUUGUGCUUUUCAUCUCAACUAGUUGUCCAGAUAUUUGGGCGAAUGUAAGACAACGUUUCCUUCUUUCACUGUCUGUGUUGUGAAGAAUUGAGUCUGUAUGAAGCUGUGAUAAAAAUAACUACAGAAGUCAGUUAAUAGUCGCGUAGUUCCUCUCGCUCCGUAAGUCGUGGGUCAUGAUCUCAUCAGGUGUGUAAGCUGUAACCAAUUCCCGCCUAAAUUGUAUAUAAUAAUGAACUAUAUGCUGUAGUGUGUGUGUGUGUGUGUGUGUGUGUGUGUGUGUGUGUGUGCGUGCGUGCGUGCGUGUGUGUAUUAAGCAGCGCUGCACUGAAAUGACUGUUAGUCUCCUUGUUGUUGCUGAGACUCGUUCCUCUUCCCUCCGUAGCUCUCAGCUCUGAUGUUUCAGAGGUUCAGCUCAGCCGUAGCCGGACGAUCUCGCUGUAACUAAUCCACCUACUUCUGUGCGUUUUCUUAUUUUUCUCUGAGGGCUGCAUGAGCUCUCAGGAUGAGCGACGAUGUUGUUGUCUGUUUCCUCUGUAACUCUGCUGCACAGCAGUGGAAAUGAAUUGAACCUCAUGUUUGUACUGCUUCAUUCUGCUGAUAAUAAACUCUGUAUAUUUUGCCA